GAGGCUGUCUAUCCCUAAAGCCAAUAUUUUUACGAUGGAUAAUUCUACAGCUUUAACAAGGUAAGCCAGGAGAUAGCCAAGGGAACAGAAGCAGCAUUCUUGGGCGAAAUGGUUAACUUAUUUACAGCUAAUGGAGAAACUCCAUGGUGAUGCUAUGGAGAUUCAACUCAGGUUGCCCAUUCGUGCGGCCACAUGGACAGAUGGAGAAGACCCUCCCCCCCCCAUGGAAGUGAGGAACUCAACACGCAGCAGGUUUCAACUUGUUUCGGUCCUGAAACGAGCUUCAGGCAUAAUCCGGGAGGUUUUAUGAAGGAUUGGUGCCCGCUAUUCUUGUAAAAGCGCUUUAAUGCUUUGAGAAAGAAGACGGUACACAAGUUUGCUUGGUAAGGAGAAGUUGGCCAAGAUGAAAUGGAUCCUUGGAUUCACUUUGCUUUGGACUUCCUUUGGGCUGUCUAGGUUGCAGUGUGUCCUGGAGAAAGAAUACUUCUGCUCUUCCAUCCCAAAUGACUUCCCUGCGGGCCUCACAUCCAUUCUCUUUGUGGUAACCAAUCUGGGGGUUCUCAACUCCACCGUCUUCAAGAGUCCAACUUUGUCCUCUGUCACCAGCCUUGCUUUAGCGAACAGCGGCAUCAGCAAAAUUGAACCCGGUGCGUUUCGUGCUUUCCAAGGCCUCACUAAACUUAGUCUCUAUCAGAACAGCCUAACUUAUGUGACAGCAUCUUGGCUCUCCAAGCCAGGCCUACUGGAGAACCUCACGGUGGCCCAGAACCUCAUGACCAAAAUUGGACCUGAGACGGUCUCUGGCUUCUCCAACCUCACCACCCUGAAUGUAGCCAGCAAUAAGAUCUACAAAAUCGCCAGCCGGAGCUUCGGAAGCUUAUCCAAGCUCACGUUCCUCGACCUUUCCGGCAAUAAUUUAACCAGCUUAACAAGAAAUGUGUUUGGUGGGAUGAGAAGGCUGCCGGCGAUGAAACUCGGAGGAAACCCAUGUUUCAUGAACAUGAACAAGAGAGGAAUCAACCUGGAGUCCUUAUAUUCUCAUAAAUGGUUUAAGUCCAACCCCUCUUGA